AGCCUUGCUCCCGCCCUAAAGACACUGAGCGCCCUUGUCCUGCCCUCACCUGCGGCAGCAGGUGACGAGACCACGCCCCCAGCCCCGCCCCGGGCGGGAACAAUGACAAAAACACGCCCUCUCCGCUGACGUCAGUGGUGCCGUCUCACUUCCUGCUGCCUCUCCUCCGCCGCGGCACUUGGUACAUCCCGGAUUCCUUUAGGCACCGCCUCCCGCUUCGCCGCCGUGGUGGUAGGGUCCGGUCGGGUUCACUCGCAUGCGGUUCCUCCUCUCCGCGGCAGUGGUACAGCCCGGGAUCGCCCGGGAGGAGUUAGGUGCCGCCUCGGCCUCCCCCCCGCGAGCCGGCGCAGUGGUACGACCCAGUAUCGCUCGGCAGCCCCCGCCGCCGCCGCCGCCGCCGCCGCCUCAGUCAGAGCCAGCUGCCGUCGCCGCUGUCGUCGUGGUGUCCCUAGGCGCCCGCUUCCUCGCUCCCGGGGCUAGUGUAUGAGCGAUUCGUCCCCCUGAGCCCGCCAUGUCCACGCCGGCCCGGAGGCGCCUCAUGCGGGACUUCAAGAGGCUGCAGGAGGACCCCCCGGCCGGCGUGAGCGGCGCCCCUUCGGAAAACAACAUCAUGGUGUGGAACGCCGUCAUCUUCGGGCCGGAGGGGACUCCCUUUGAGGAUGGAACUUUCAAGCUUACAAUAGAAUUCACAGAAGAAUAUCCGAAUAAGCCACCUACUGUUAGAUUUGUCUCUAAAAUGUUUCAUCCAAAUGUGUAUGCAGAUGGUAGUAUAUGUUUGGAUAUUCUUCAGAAUCGUUGGAGUCCAACCUAUGAUGUCUCUUCUAUCUUAACAUCCAUACAGUCUCUAUUGGAUGAGCCGAAUCCCAACAGUCCAGCAAACAGCCAGGCAGCUCAACUAUACCAAGAGAAUAAGCGGGAAUAUGAAAAACGGGUUUCUGCAAUAGUAGAACAGAGUUGGCGUGAUUGUUGACCCAGGAUGAUGCAAAUGAACACUCUGAGGAAAAAAGUAUAUGAAGUGUCUGAGUCCUCUUCCUCCUCCCAAGCAUCACUGCAUUUACUUUGAACGCAAAAUAGCUGUUGUGCUGUUGCCACCCUCCCCUGCUGAAGCUUCCUUGGACAUCAGAAAGCACCCACUUUGAAGUCAAAUGUACUGUACUUGGGUUACUUGCAAAAGAAUUACUGAUGCUGAAUUCAUUUUCUGUGGUUCCUCUCCAGUUUUAGGGCAGUAUUGUGCAUUUCUGUAGUGUACACUAAGCUUUUAACUGUAAUUGUGUUUCUACACAGUGAUGCUUAUGUGUAGCUUGAUAAAAGGGAUGUUUAUAUACAUACACUUUUUUUUUUAACUGGUAUUACUAAAGUGCUGAUCUGUCCAGGCUGGUCACUUUACCUCUACUGUUGGUUUAGACCUCACUGCAUUUGUACAUGCUGCAUGAAGAAUGAUCUUCAUGUCCUAGUCUGACUGGUCUAUCAGCUGUUAAACUGGGAAGGAAAUCGUAAGAAAGUUCAAAAGUGGAUUCCAUUUCAACUAAUCGGAUAAUGAAACUGUGGGAUGCUGGCAACUUCUGCACAUAAUGUGCAAGAUAACAUGAAUCACUACAGUUUUGGUACUUUAUUAUGUUGGGUGAUAGGCAGAAUACCCCCCCCCCUCUCUUUUUUUUUGGCUUUUAUUUAAAUAGGGUUUUAAAGGACAUAACGAAAGGGAAUAUUGCUGAAGUAGGUGACUUCUGUGUCCUUUCAGUAAGGCAUUGAAUGGACGUGAUGAUGUUGAGCUGUGGUACUUAAGUUUAAAGGUCUCAUGGAUGAGUUUGCUAGUGAAUGAAAUAUUUUUAAGGGAUAAGAAAGGAGACAUUAAAAAUACUGAAGCUGGGAUUACUCCUGGUAGCAAUAUUUCCUGUUUCAGCCUCCUCCCAGAUAGAACUCUGCCUCUUGGAAAGCUUUGUGUACAGAAGCAUGUGGUGGGUGUUCAAGUGUCUAGGAGGUUCCUGCUCUUCAUAGACUCCUGUGUGGUGUGUGUGUGAGAGAGACUGCUCCAUGCUUCAGUUAAUUUCCCCUCAAUUUUAUGAAAGGCUUUUGGUUCUUUUUCCAGUUUUGAAAAAAAAAACAAACAUUUGUAAGUCUCAACUCACAUUUUUGUAAGGCUCAGUUUGUACCUUUCUGGAUACAGUACAUUAUGCAGCAGUGUGGGAUGAAGCCUACAAGCGUGUUGUCUGCUGUUCCAGUGUCUCGUGUGCACAUUGGUCUGUUAGUUGAGAAGUAUACCUUUGCACAAGUAACCCAUGUAAGAAAACUGUACAUUUUUCAAAACUUGUAAAUAAAAGUAACCUUAAAUGCUUAUUGUAUAAUAGGCAA